AUGAUUAUACUCUUUAAAGAUUUACGUGAUUAUUUAUAUAAAACUGUCAUAAAAUCUAUGCCAAGUGUUUAUAAAUUACAAAGCAAGAAAAAUAAAAUUCUUGAUAUUUUUUUCUUAAUUAUGACUCAUUUGGCAGGUGUAGGUGUAUAUUGUGCUUUAAUUCCAACAGCAUGGUGGAUUCAUCCAUCAUCAGAAUCUCUUAAUAUUAGUAAUGACUUAUUAUAUCUAAUAUCAAUUACUACUUAUUUGGGUAAUUUUAUGAAAAAUUUAUUUGCUUGUCCAAGACCUUCUGGAGUAUGGCAACCUUUUAAAGAAAUUGAUUUUGGUUUACCAUCAACCCACACAAUGAAUGCUGUGGCAAACGGUCUAUUUUUUAUUAUUUAUCUAAAACCAAAUUUAUGGAUAUGUUUAUUAAUAACAGUUUAUGUAUUUAUUGUUGCAGUUAGUAGAAUUUAUAUGGGAGUACAUUCUCCAGCAGACGUUAUUGCUGGUGCUUUAUUAGGACUUGUUUCAAUGGCAUUUUUUGAAUUUUUCCCUGAUUUUCCUCAGAAAUGGUAUUUUAUUCCAAUUAUGUUGGUUUGUCAUAUUAUUUUAUUAUCACUUCAUUCUUUGUGUUUUACUAGAUAUACACCAUGUUAUUGGAGGUCAGUUCUUGGAUUUGGUUAUAUUUUAUUAAAUUUUACAAUGGAAGUUUUAAAUUGUCAUGUUUUUGUACCUGAUAUGCCAUCAUAUUCUUGUAUUAUUCAUAGUCCUUUGUUGUUAUUAAAAUGUUUUAUUUUAGGUUUUAGUGUAUCGGGUAUUGGUUAUUUUGUGUUAAAGUUACUUAAAUUAUUAUUUUCUCAUUUACCAUCAUUAUUAGAUUGGUAUAGUGCUAAAGCAAAUAUUAUUCGUAUUCAUUGUCACUUAGACCCUCUUGAAUUUACUCCAGAAAUGAACCAUAAUAGAUUAAUUUAUGCUAAUGAAUUUUUUUCUACUUAUAUAGGUGCUGUAUUUAUUGCUUGGAUGUGUAAGUAUGUUUCUCCUACAGUAGUUCAAAAAACUAUACCAGAAUUAUUUCAACCUGACUUGUGCCUUUAG